CAGUCCAUCGAAGCUCUCGUGCGAUCCACGCGGUCCUUCGCAAGAAUUGUAUAUCCGUGUCAAAUCUACACGGGUGCGCAAAAUUCUUCUACGGGACUGCUGGUCGCCGACCCAGGCCUGCUACACCCAUGGAUAGAAGCAGAAUGGCGUAUGUUACAGCUGCCGCCGUGGGGACUGGCACGGCUGUUAUUUUUGUAUGGUGGUGGUGGACCAGAAAAUACAAAAGAGAUCAACCCCCAUCAAAAUGGAGAAAAGUCGGAGAACUUAGCGACUUAAUAACCUUUCCAGUUAAAUCACUAGGUCCAAUUCGUAUGACAGAAAUGGAAUGCACAACACUAGGGUUGAAGUCAGGAUGGCUGAGAGAUCGAACGCUUAUGGUGAUUGAUCUCGAUGGUCAAUUUGUUACCGGAAGACAACUGCCUGCCAUGGUUCAGGUCUCACCUAGUGUUUCUGGAUCCACAUUAACUCUUCGAGCUCCCGGGAUGAUGGCCAUUUCUGUUGACCUUGCAAGAAUUCGAGGUAAGAGCUUUCGCGCUGCAGUCUGGGGACAAGCUGUAGCUGCUUGUGAUUGCGGAGAGGAAGUCGCGAGAUGGCUGUCCCGGUUUCUUCUUCAAGAAGAUACCGGUCUGAGGCUGGUUAACUAUCCGCUGGAACGAUCAUCUCGUGAAGUGCGAACGAAAAAUCAGCCAUUUCCCCUGACCGUCAGUGCUGACACGGGUGCUUAUCCAGACGCAACAAGUUACUCACUUAUAAAUGAAGCUUCGAUCGCCGACCUGAAUGGACGUCUUGAAGAGCCAGUCAUUCCGCAGAAUUUCCGUCCUAACUUCGUCGUGAAAGGAGCUGAACCUUAUUCGGAAGACACCUGGGAUUGGGUUAAGAUAGGCCAAGUGAUUUUUCGGAAUGUAAAGCCUUGCACUAGGUGCAUCUUUACCACAGUGGAUCCGGAGACAGGGAAGAAACAUCCGAAGGUGGAACCGCUGAAAACGUUGAAAGGUUAUCGACAAAUAACCGAUCCCGAGAUUCACCGAUAUACUGGAGACAGUCCGGUGAUGGGGAUUCAUUUGGGAUUGAAAGGACCCAAUGGCACGGUGCGAUUAGGUGACCAUAUAUACGUUGGAGUACUCAAUGAAGAAACAAUCCCAAUUUCACCACCAUAGCUACACCGCUGGGGCUCCUGUGAAGAUGAAAUUAUUUUCCAAGAAGACACUGAUUCGGUCACAGGAGACAAACAUUCGUAAAGGAUCAAAUCCGUACACGUAUGGCAGGAAAAUAAGAUAUUCCUGCAAGGUGAAUAGGGUUUCGAACGUUUCGUAAACGAAUUUUGUAAAAUGCACUUUUUUAUCGUAACCGAGAUUUUUCAUUCGAGAAGGAAUUAAGAGUAACAGGUUAACUUUUUUUUUUUUAACCAAAUGACACUGGUUGCACAGAAAUAAAAUGUAUGAAUAUCUCGAGAUGGGCUCGUUGGCCCAAUCAAAAUGUGGCAAAUCCUCUGUAAAUUGAAUAUUGAUAUUUGGAUACUUAAAGGUAAUACACGCGCACUAAUUUAUGACUAUUAGGUUGUCCCGUAAGUUUCUUCCAUUUUUUUCAUAGGACAUGAAUACACGAUGCGGAAGGAACUUAUGGGACAACCUAAUAGAAUUUCACGUUUCUAUGAUAAAUACAGAUUCAUUACAAUGGAUUGUAUGUAUUUCGAGUUUAACCAAUGUGGAAUGUACUUGGUUAUAAAAUAUAGACGUCCACGUACGAUUAAAGUGGUCUUGAAGUGAAAAAUGAGGAAAAGAUUAAAUUUAGAAAGAGUCUAAUCUUAAGAUUGUAGACACUAUCUAAAUACCCCACAACUGCGAGACCGUAACUAUAUCAUUUUACUCAAAGAUUUGCGAUGUGACAUCAAUGUCUCUAACAAUAAGAUAAGACGGAACCUGUACUUCGUACUGAAAGUGAGGAUCACGCAUUGAAGAGUCUCGAGGACCGAGUUACACCUUAAGUAGUCGUUUUAUAAACACCGAUUGAUACAGUUUUUGGUUUUUUUUUAUUUAUACACCAAAAAGCGUAUCAAGGUUGCAGGUCAAUAUAUGUCAAUAUGUGUAACUUCGUUACAAUAGACCUCUGACAGGCUACUUUACUGCCUAUUUUACAAAGUUAUAGAAUUGUCAAAUGCGAACUCGGCGUUUUAGAGGCCGAGUUGUGAAAGCCGGAUUUGCCAUACCUUGAUUAGAGUACUCAUAAAUUUUUCUUUUAUAACAUUCAAAUUGGUGUCAGUCCUGCAGCGCGACGAGACGUAUAGUAUAUAGUACAUCAUUAAGCUAAAGUUAACAGAUGGCAACAAAUUAGAUACGCAUGUCGACCAAAUAACAAAAAAGAUAAUGUUUGUUCGAAAACUGAAAGAAAAUAGACAAUAAUUUAAUGACAAACAAAGGUUUGAUAACUUGUUUAGUAUAUGAAUGCGUCUACUUUGUACAGACCUUUGUCAAUACACGUAUGUAUGUACUCAUGUCAAGACCUCGGUAGACUGACUUCUUCGCAGUACAGUAACUAUUUCUCUUGUACAUGAAUUUAGUGACAUUUAUAGGAAACUGUUAGAUUUUUAUAUUUUUAUGAUGCGCACGUAGGUUACGUAUAUUUUAUGGGAAAUAACAAUUGUGCGUUAGAAAAUUUAUUUAAAACUGUAUGCAUUCACAUCGGUAGUGUUGUCAUGUCAGGAUUUGCAUGUAAACAAAUAAUUGCAAAGAAAAUUCGUUUGCGGAAUGCUUAGAAUUUUUGUUACGGCUCUGAAGAUGCGCGGUGCUUUUAACGAAUAACUAAUUAUUCGUAUCAUGUACUUAUAUGAAGAAUAUACUUAACAUGUAUCAUUUGGUAAAAUUUAUCAGGUAACCGAAAUACAAGAGACUGAUAAAACCACUUA